ACCGAGCCUCGAGUUUGUAACAAUUUACAGAUUUUUUUUGGUUUGUUUUUAAAUGGUGAGACGCCUUAAACCCCUAGUAAGAAUGGGUUAAACCCGAUGGGCCAAACAAACAUUAACACGAUGGGUUCUGUUAAUUUCUCAACGCGAGUGGUUGCGUUUCUACCGCUUCAAUCGCCGGGAUUGGCUGAUGGUGAAGAACCGUUCCCUUUUCUCCCUCGGCGGGAGUUCUCGACGACAGCUAUUGGGCUUUGCGAUUGGUCGACGCCGGCCGAAAAAUAUAUGGGCGGAAGGAAACUUGUACUGUACAAGUUGUACAUCUCUCUAUCGUCAAGGAGAUCCCCAUCAGCUUUAGACAUUGGAAUGGAGGAAGGCUUGUUGCAGCCUAACAUCCCAGUAGAAGGUUUUUUGCCACCGGAUAUUCUCAAUCUCAUCCACCGCCUAUGCCGGCUGAGACAGAUAAACAGCUUUUUCAACUUCUAAUCUUCACUGAUCCAAGGCAGCGACCAUUAAAAUUCUUAGCACAGCCAGCCAUUGGUUUCUUGAUUUUUCCCUGGGAGUUAAGAGAAUAUGGAGCGUUCUUUUGGGCUUUUGUUGGUGCUGAUAACUUUGGUCAUCAUUCAUAUCGUUCAAGCUCAAGACCAAAACGGGUUCAUCAGUUUGGAUUGCGGGCUACCCGAAUAUCAGACGUCUCCUUAUAACGAGGCUAGUACUGGGUUGUUGUUCUCUUCGGACAAAGACUUCAUACAGAGCGGAAAAACUGGUCGAGUCCAAGAGAAUCCUAAAAAUUACUUGGAGCCAUACUUGACGCUGAGAUAUUUCCCAGAGGGAAAAAGGAACUGCUACAAUCUGAGUGUGGACAAGGGGCGUAAAUAUUUGAUCGGAGCUUCCUUUGUAUAUGGAAAUUAUGAUGGUCGAGACAUUAAACCGGUGUUUGAUCUUUAUCUUGGACCUAAUCUUUGGGCCACGAUAGAUUUGCAAAGGUGGGUGAAUGGUACACGAGAAGAGAUCUUACACAUCCCAACAUCAAAAUCGUUGCAGAUAUGUCUUGUUAGGACAGGAACGACUACACCGGCAAUAGCAGCUUUGGAAUUACGGCCACUGAGAAAAAAUUCUUAUAUAACUCAGAAUGGUUCCCUGAGUUUAGUCUUUCGGAGAUAUUUUAAAGAGUCCGGAUUUACGCUACGGUACAUGGAAGAUGUCUCUGAUCGCCUCUGGGUUCGAUUCUUCAUGAAGGAAUGGACACAGAUUUCCACUAAUCUCACGAUGAAAAUUAACAACAAUUAUGUUCCACCGGAAGAUGCGCUGAAAAAUGCUGCCACGCCUACAGAUACCAGUGCCCCACUGACAAUUAAUUGGAGCUCAGAAAGUUUUAGUGAAGAAUGUUACUUGUACGCACACUUUGCUGAGAUUCAAGACUUGCAGGCAAACGAAACCAGAGAAUUCAACAUCCUAUUGAACGGAGAACAUUAUUAUGGACCUGUGAUUCCUAAGAAGCUUGACAUAACCACUGUUGAAAAUGUGACCCCGAAAACUUGCCAAGGAGGGGUAUGCAGUUUGCAGCUAACAAGAACCAACAGAUCAACUCUUCCACCUCUACUUAAUGCCUUAGAAGUCUACAGAGUUAUUCAAUUUCCGCAGUCCGAAACAGAUGAAAGCGACGUGGAUGCUAUAAUAGAGAUCGCAGCCACCUAUGCAUUGAAUAAAACCAACUGGCAAGGUGAUCCAUGCGUCCCUGAACAGCUUCGGUGGGACGGAUUAAACUGCAAAAACACGGAGAUGUCUACGCCACCAAGAAUCACUUCUUUAAACUUGUCUUCAAGUGGUUUAAAUGGAAACAUUGUAGCUGCCAUUCAAAGUCUUACAAAACUAAAAAAACUGGACUUGUCGAAUAAUAACUUGACUGGAGAGGUGCCGGAGUUUCUAGGCAACAUGGAAUCUUUGUCGUUCAUAAACUUAAGCUGGAACACUCUUAAUGGUUCGAUUCCUCAAUCCCUUCAGAAGAAAGGAGUAGAGCUAUCUGUUGAAGGAAACCCAAGGCUUUGUCUUUCUGAUUCAUGUAGAAAACCAUCUAAGAAGAAAUUUCCUAUGGCGAUUGUUGCAUCAAUUCCUGUGGCAAUUGUUGCAUCAGUUUUCAUUGUGGUUCUUUUUCUUGUACUCAGAAGGAAGAAGUCAACAGUUGUGAAAGGUCUACACCUGCCAAGGACACCAACUGAGGAAGUUACAUUUGCAAAUAAGAACAGCAAAAGAAGGUUCACAUAUUCAGAGGUCAUCCAAAUGACAAAUAACUUCGAAAAAGUUUUAGGUAAAGGAGGGUUCGACAUGGUGUAUCAUGGUACUGUAAGUGGUUCUGAACAAGUAGCCGUUAAGGUACUCUCUCAAUCUUCAACCCAAGGCUAUAAGGAGUUCAAAGCAGAGGUUGAUCUUCUUCUGAGGGUGCACCAUACAAAUUUGGUGAGCCUCGUUGGGUAUUGCUAUGAAGGAGAUCACUUGGCCCUCAUCUAUGAGUUUCUUCCUAAUGGAGACUUGAAACAACAUUUGUCAGGAAAAAGAGGUAGAUUUAUCAUCAACUGGAGUACUCGGUUACAAAUAGCUUUGGAGGCAGCACUAGGUUUGGGGUACUUACACAUUGGAUGCAAACCACCGAUGGCUCAUAGAGAUGUCAAAACUGCCAACAUAUUACUGGACGAUAAUUUUAAGGACAAACUCUCGGAUUUUGGACUCUCGAGGCCUUUCCAAGGUGGAGGCGAAUCUCAGCAGUCGACGGUGAUUGCUGGUACUCCUGGAUAUCUUGAUCCCGAAUAUCACCAUUCGGGUCGAUUGGGUGAGAAGAGUGAUGUCUACAGUUUCGGGGUCGAGUUAUUGGAGAUGAUCACAAAUCAACCUGUGAUUAAUCAAACCAAUGAUAAUUCUCACAUAACACAAUGGGUUGCCUUUAUGGUUAACCGAGGUAAUAUUAUCGAGAUUAUGGAUCCGAACCUUAGCAAGGAUUAUGAUAUUAAUUCUGCUUGGAGAGCUCUUGAACUGGCAAUGUCAUGCGCGAAUCCUUCUUCUUCAAAACGACCACCCAUGUCUCAGGUUAUUCAAGAGCUGAAAGAGUGUAUUGUGUGUGAAAACUCGGGGAUACGUAACAAUCAAGGCUUGGAAUCAGAAGACAUGAACAUUGACUUGGACACUUCCGUGGUUCCCAGGGCAAGAUAGUUUUGCGUGUUGUCUUAUAUGGACCACUAUGACCGUUGCGUUUAAAACGUGGAUUUUCACACGACUGUCUUACACGCCGCACUCCAAUCGUCGAUGGUGUUUCAAGAAUACUUUAUCAAGCAGAAUAUAUAGUUUACUCACGGCAAUUCAUGUAUUAUU